CCCGUGCGAUCGUGACGACACAAGUUGCUAUGGGAAAUGUCAAUACGUGCGGUGUCCCGUUCAGGUAUAGCGGACUAUAUAGUUAGGCAGGUAUUUAUUGAUACUACUCGAUAAUUUUCACUCAAAGAUAAUUGACUGACUGCUGAAAAUGGCUCGGAACUAUCCGGCGAAUACGCAGAUUCAGAAAUUUUUGGAGGAAUCUUACAACAAAGAAAGAGAUACCCGGUUACAGUGGUUUUAUAAACUCAAAGAUUCCAAUGGACAACUUGCCACUUCCAAACAAUCCGAAGUUGCGAGAAGGAAAAUUCAAAAUGCUCCGAAACCCGCAGAGGAUAUUUUCAAAAAGCUUCCUGAAGAUUAUACCCCUCCGAAAUUCAACAAAGUGAAAUCGGACUUUAACGCUUUUCCCGAUCUUUCCAAAGCUGAAGGAAAGCUUCAGCAGUUGGUUGCAGAGAUGCGCCCCGCAUCAGCGGGCACCAAAGAAAAGUUGUACGAUGGCUUCACGAAGGAGGGCAAAGGCAGAUACCAGUAUUUGUGCGCCAGGAAUAGAAAGGGACCCGAAGAAAAAUUCGAAUUCCCAUUACUAAGCUCCUGGGAGUAUGGAUGGAGGCUGGGAGAUGUGAUAAAGAAAGAGGAAAUUAAAAAGCCCCCUCACGGUCGUACCCGAAUUGUUGCGGACACUUUCUACACGCGCACUGGAAUUCCAGCUAAUCCCUCGGUCAGUGUUUAAAGUUGAUAAACGUCAUAAUAUUGUGUCUAUCUUAAACCCUGAACAACUAAAGUAUUAUGAUUUUUAUUUAUGGUGACCACCAUUCCAGGAGUAUUCUUAUACGUGUAUUGGAUGUCAUUGCCACCUUUUUCAGCAGUAUGCUCUCUCUCUCUUUUAAAUCUCUCUCAAUAAUAUGAGAUGACAUUUAAAUUUUAUUAGCUUUGUUGUGAAAUAUCUUAUGCAAAAUCAUGAAAGUAUUAAUAAAUUGUUGUUUGUUAUUCAUGAUCGCCUGUUCGACAAAAUGGUAUUAUGUUAUGUAUCCUACUAAACAAUUCUUAUCUGUUUUUGCACCUGCAUUUAGCCAUUGCUCAAACUUUUAGCAUGUUAAUGUACAUAUAUACAUGUAUAUUGUUUGUUAAGUCUGUUUUGAUGUCCUCUGUGUUUGCAAGUCGGGUAAAUGUGGAGCUGUGGUUGAGUUGUGUGGUGAGAUUGACUGGAAUAUGUGAACCAGAUUUUGCUUUCCAGGCCUUUUAUCAGUGCCAUCCGUCCAAAUUGGCAGAUAUUUAAUAUAUAUUAUUUAAAUAUAUGUUGAAUGUAUUUCUCAAUAUGAAUGCAUGUAUAUUUAUGAAUGAAUUACGCCUCUAAAGUAUUUUAUACCUUCUGCAAAAGAGAUUUUUAAAUUAAAAUGACAUGAGAAUUAAA